UUCAAAAUAGUUUGUGUUAUGUUAGCCAUGAUUGAUAUUUCCGCUAGCUGCAUUUGAUAUUAUAUUCUAAUGUUUAUUUUUCUUGUUAUCCUUUAAUAUAAUUGAUUAAAAUGAGUACUCAAGCGAAAUUAUACCAAUGUCGAUUAUGCUUGACAAAAACGGCUACAAGAGUAAAUAUAUUCGGAGGCGAUUUUCCUAAAAUGUUAGAAAUAUUAACUUCGAUAAAGGUAAACGAGAACGAUGGAUUGCCGAAAUUCAGUUGUACAAAGUGCGCUAAAGACGUUCAAAUGGCUUUAACUAUUAAAAAACGUAUUAUCAAAGCGCAUAGAAUUCUUUUAGACGCCUUAACUAGGAAAAAGUAUUUAUUGGAGAGAACGAAAAGAUUCAAUUCCGAAGUGUCGAUUAAAAGAGUUCCUGCUGUAGCAAAAAGUGUUACACCUAAACCAGUACCAAAACCUAUAACCAGGAUUGUUCCGAUAGAAAUCCCUGUGAACUCAGAGCCUACGGAAUAUGCUGAAACAGAAUCUUCGUCAAAGACGAAAAGUGUUAUCCCUGCUAAGGUUAAACAAGAAAAAAUGGACGAAGAUCAUGACGAGCCUUUCCAGGAAUCGCAACCGAUCGACGAUGAGGAACUGCAAAAAAUUAUAAACGAAGUAGAAACGCAAGUUAAAAAAGUUGGUUUCACCUGCGAAACUUGUAAUCUAACUUUCGCCGAUAAAUCGUCCUAUAAUUUGCACAGCAUGAAGCAUAAAAAGACAAAAUGUCAUGUAUGUGGUAGACUCAUAAGAACUGACAAUUUUAAAAAGCAUUUAAUGUUGCAUACAGCUGGGCCUUCUGUUUGCUCUCUGUGCGGGGCUACUUGCAAGAACAUCGAAAGCUUAAGGGGCCACAUCUUCUACCAACACAAAAACACGGCCGAGCAAUACAUAUGCGAAGAGUGCGGCAAAAGCUUUCGAAUCAAAUACAAAUUCAUUUUACACAAGAAAAAGGAACAUUUAGGCGUCCGAAACUUCAAAUGCGACAUAUGCGGCAAAGGUUUCUUCACAAACGGCGAUUUAAUAUCGCAUAAAAAGAUGACGCACGAAAAAUUGAGGCCGCACGUCUGCGAGUAUUGCGGCACCGGGUUUUCCUCCUCCUAUGCCUUGAAGACGCAUAAAAGACAACACACGAACGAGAAACCGUUUGUAUGCGAAUUCUGUACCGAAGGAUUUCGGCAAAGAGUGUCGCUGAAGUCUCAUUUGAAAUCCAAACACGGUAUCGAAGAAGCUAAAGAAUGGUUUUGUAAGAUAUGCGAUAAAGGCUUCGCUACUAACUACGCCCUUAGCAUACACGAACGACUACACGAGGUGCAGAAGUGCGAAGUGUGUUCAGAAACGUUCGGUAGUUCAGAUUUCUUAGUAAAUCAUAUGUACGACGUCCACGGUAUCAGAAACGAGCCCAAACUGAAAUGCGACGUUUGUUUAGAGGAAUUCGAUAGUUUAGAUCUACUGACGAAUCACACGUGGGAUAUACACAAUGUUAAAAAAGAAGCGGAUGCGACUACGUAGAGUUUGUAUUCUAAUUUAUUUAAUUUAAACUGUAUUUAGUGAUAAAUAUAUAUUCUUUUUGUACUUUAUUUUGUUUGAUGGAAGUUAGAUGCAUUAAAUCAAAAUUAGUAAAAAUUAUUUUCGAAAAAGUGAA